AUGUUAACACCACAAUUUGCGACAUUCCGUCGCUUUGUGCUCACAGGCAGUAUUGCCGCCGUCACGGCAACGGGAGCAUGGUAUGGUGCUGGUUUGAAAAUGAAGCAAGAUAUCAAUCAGGAAAAACAAAAAGCAGCCAUCGCAACCCCACUAGACCAAAUCACCGAACUGGAAACCUACCGAGCGAAUCUCAUGCAAAAGAAAAUCAUGCUGGAUAAGAAAAUUCAAGAGUUGGAAGUCAAGAAGAGGAAAGAGGAAAGGAGGAAGAUCAAAGAAUUGAAGAGGUUAGAGAAGGAAAAGGCCGAGCAGGCUGGGAAGGGAGAGUAA